GCGCCGGGGGGCCUGGCGGGGCAGCUGGAGGCGCUGCGGGCGCGGCUGCUGGAGGACAUGAGCGUGGUGCGGGGCCGCCUGGCGCCCGCCUACCCCGCCGGCCUGGGCGCCUUCGGCGUCUACCUGCGCGGCUACCACGGCGCGCUAGCCGAGUGGCUCGGGGCCGCCGCCCGCCGGAGGCUGCCGCUGACCGACCGCUACGCGCUGCUGCACUGGCACAACCAGGUGUACCCCAGAGAGGUCCUAGGGCUGGUGGACUUGGUAGCCCUAGAGAAUGGGGAGCUGGGGCCCCUUCUGUCUCCCGGCACCCUGCGGGGCUUGGAGGACGAAUGCGUCACAGACGUUAAGGCUCAGACGCGAGCAGCCCUGCUUCGGGUGCUGCAGGAGAAUGAGGAGCACUGGGGGAACAGGGAGGACCGGCCCAGCAGCUUGGCGCAGGAUGUGUGCGAGCUGCUAGAGGAGCACACGGAGCGAGCACCCCGCAUCAGCCAGGAGUUUGGGGAGCGGAUGGCCCACUGCUGCCUGGGGGGGCUGGCAGAAUUCCUGCAGAGCUUCCAGCAGCGGGUGGAACGAUUCCACGAAAAUCCGGGAGUUCGUGAGCUGCUACCUGACACUUACAUCAGCAGGACCAUCUCCCUGGUCAAUUGCGGGCCCCCACUGAGGGCUCUGGCAGAGCGCCUGGCCCGGGUGGGGCCCCCCGAAAGUGAGCCGGCCCGGGAAGCGGCAGCCAGUGCGCUGGACCGUGUGACCCGACUCUGCCACCGAGUCCUGGCUGACCUGCUGUUCCAGGAGCUGCAGCCCUACUUCAACAAGCUGAUGCGCAGGAAGUGGCUGAACAGCCCGGAGGCCCUGGAUGGCAUCGUGGGCACGCUGGGCGCUCAGGCCCUGGCACUGCGCAGGAUGCAGGACGAGCCCUACCAGGCGCUGGUGGCCGAGCUGCACCGGCGCGCGCUGGUGGAGUACGUGCGGCCCCUGCUCCGCGGGCGCUUGCGCUGCCGCUCGGCGCGGACCCGCAGCCGCGUGGCCGGGAGGCUCCGGGAGGACGCGGCGCAGCUGCAGCGGCUGUUCCGGCGGCUGGAGUCCCAGGCCUCGUGGCUGGACGCCGUGGUGCCCCAUUUGGCCGAAGUCCUGCAGCUGGAAGACACGCCCAGCAUCCAGGUGGAGGUGGGGGUGCUGGUCCGGGACUACCCAGACAUCAGGCGGAAGCACGUGGCAGCCCUCCUCGACAUCCGGGGCUUGCACAACACAGCAGCCCGCCAGGAGAUCCUGGCCGUGGCCCGGGACCUGGAACUGUCUGAGGGGGGAGCCCUGUCACCCCCUCGGGACCGUGCCUUCUUCUCAGACAUCUCCGUGCCCCGCCCACCUUUCUGCCUCGGCCUCCCUCUCUUCCUGGGCCGCCUUCCCCUCUCCCGGGUGGCCAGGCCUGGUUUGGCCUGUCUGCCCCGACCUCGGCCUCUGUCUCCGUCACGGCCCCCUACCCAACGCUGAGACUCUCCCAGCCCUCCACCUCAGUGCCCCCCAUCUUUGCUGCUGACAAACUGUCCUCCAGUACGGGCUCCCUCUUGACUCCCUGCCUGAGACCACAGACUGCCCCACUCCCGCCCCGGUGUGGGGGGAAUGGAAAGGUCCUCAGAGGUCUUGGCCACCCCUAAACCCCCCAGAUAGAAGAGAAACAGGCCGGAGGGAGCAAGGACUUUCCCAAGGCCACGAAGCUCGUUCCCAGCACCAGCUCCCGGCCCAGUGUGCGGUGGCAGGCGUUUUGGAAGGCUCUACAGAAGUAUCCCAGGCCCCCCCCUUUCCCCUCACCUCAAGGUCUGGCCCCGGCCCAACAUAUUAAGGAAUGUACGAUACUUAGAAUAAAGAGGUUUCUAUUUAACACAAGGAAGGGCUGAGUCCCCAGUGUGUGGGGGAGGAAGGACCGGGGGCAGGGCCCAGGGCCAAGGGCUUCUCACACGCCCGAGGCUGGGCUGGGGUCCAACUCCUGGGCAGGGCAGUGGAGGCUGAGGGAGGCCCCGCGGGCCAGAAGCGGGCAAGUUCAUCGCCUUUACCCUCCGAGGCCCCCAGGCGCGGGACUCCCAGGCAGGCCCUCAGCCACGCUCGGCCAGGGUCCCACACUUUGUCAAUCCCGAAGUGCCUCUCCCUGGUUUCUGGGCUUGGUGGUUCCUCCUUGGCACACCCCACCCCCCUCCAUCCAUCCUUAGCCGGGAAGCUGUGUCAAGAGAGGAAGGAGGUUGGGGGCAGGGCCGGCGGCAUCCAGGGCGCCCUCCUGGGUUGAUGCAGGAAAAUCUCAGGGUGGGAAAAAUUCCAGCCUCUCACCCACAGCCCCGCCGGAUUCUGGUCCCCACGGAGACCUUGAGGUCACCUCCCCGAUGACCCCUACCCCUCCGGCCUGGUUGGACAGCCUAUGAUGGAUGCUUCCUGGGGGUGUGUGUGUGUGUAUGUGUGUGUGUGUGUUUCCCUGAGAAGUGGGAAGGAGGAGGCAGCCAGCGGUCAGCUCUGGGACUGGGGUUGCAACCUCACCCACAUGUGAACUUAGGAAGGUGGGGACUCAGGACACUUGGAGCCUCUGGGCUGUGUGACUUUGGGCAGGAAGCUGCCCCUCUCUGGGGAAGCUCUUAACCUCUCUUUCUCCAGGGCCAAGGUGAGCCAUUCACAGGGUCCCCCCUUCUCACUUCCACCGCUAAGAGGACACCUUCAAUGUCACUGAUGCACAACAGAGAAGAGGCAGAAUGAACGACGGGUUGCGGUCUUGUAGGCAUUUCACAAAGGACCUGUGGACCUCCGUGCGGCAGUGUUCUUCCCAGAUGUGGGUCCCCCAUUUACAAACAGCUUUAUGGAGACAGGGUCUGCAUGACAGACCAUUCAUCCCUUUGAAGGUUCGAUUCAGUUGCUCUCGGUAUAUUCGCCGAGUUGUACAAGCAUCAUCACGGUCAAUGUUAAGAACAGUGUCAGCAUCCCUGCCAAAAAAACCCUGUACCCCUUAGCCGCCCAACCCCCUCAGGCCCUGGUGAUCACUGGUCCACUUUUUGUCUUUGUAGAUUUGUCUAUUUUGGACAUUUCAUGUAAGUGGGAUCAUAGAAUACGUGUGUGUGUGUGUGUGUGUGUGUGUGUGUGUGUUAAGGACACUUAGUAUGGGACGAACGCCUGGACGGCACAGUGGGUUAAGUGCUGCGAUUCACAUCAGGUCGGCUGAGAUUUUUCUCUUUCUCUACCCCUCCCACUUAUGCUCGUGCUC